AUGUGUCUGGCGAAAAGCUUUGUGAAAGAACUUGUGAGAAAGGAGACGGUGGAGCGCGUAGCUCCAGCUGAGGAAGAAGUGCCGGAACUCUGGUACUCGCCUUACGGAGAGAAGACCCACACCUCAGGAAGAUGUCAUGGCCUCAGGAACGCAACCAGCGUACACCGAGUACUACCAUGCAAGUACUGCUGUCCCGGCGGACUCCGAUCCCGGGAACAACGCACCUUCGAGUACAAGAGAACCUUUUUGGAAGCAGCAGGAAAGUACCUUUGGCUAAAAGUCUUCAUGGUUGUGGUUCUCAUGGGCAUGUCAUGGUUCAUGGUGUUUGAAGUGAACGAGACCUACGGCUACCCGUUGGCCACGAACCGCAUGCUGAACUACAGGAACAAGGUCCUCAGCCUCGACAACAAGAACCCCAAGAAGAAGCAUGUGAUAAAGGAGAUUACCCCAGCGGAUGUUAUCAACGUCACGAGCUACCUCAAGAAGACGAACGUGUACUCCGAGUUCUACAAGAACAGAAGUAAAGGAACAAAGUUGAAAGUGAUCUUCACCAAAGAAUCGAAGUUAUCCUGGAUUCUGGACGCACAAGGAAAAGCAAUCAAGACAGAAGGCAGAAGGAUGCUGAACUUAACGUUCUUUGAUGACGACGGAAGCUUUUGUCGCAUCCAGGAAGCCUUCACCGUUGCCUCGGUGAUCAACCCGCUGAUGGCCAUAGGCAAGCUGUUUCGAGAAGGUUGGGAGUUGCGAGUGAACGAAGAAGCAGGUAUGUGUCUUACAGACGGAAGCUCAAGAAUACCAGUGCAUCUCCACAAGAACAGCUUGGCAGCCUACGCCUACGUACAAACUCCUUCAAGAAGCAGAAGUUACAGCAGCACCAACUACAAGAUGGUUCGGACAGUUGUUCAGCUCAACAAGCACGUUCAGGAAGCAGUGAACAAAGAAGAACCUGGUUGGCACAACACAGACAGCAUGGUGAUCGUGAAGUACGCCACUCAAAGCAGCUACGAGAACCCAUCUCUCAUGUAUAGCCCUACGCACUUUCCUUACAGAAGCACUUUAGUGAAAGAAGAGAGAGGAUGGAGAGCAGUUGAAGUUUCAAAGAAGUACUCCGAGAAGGCAGACCCUUUUGAAGAGUUUGCAGAAGGAGAAAAGGAAGUGGUUACAGCCAUUUCAGCAAAGCCAAUUCCACUUUGGAUCCUUGGCACCCCUUAUGCAGCUGGAGACCGAGCAGAGCAAGAAAGUCAUGGUCGUGACUACUGGAAGAUGGACCUCGAGAAGGGAGAAGUUGUUCGUCACCACGUAGUACCGAGAACUGUGCUGUUUGACCCGACAGGAGUUGCCAACUGUCCUGUCCUCCUCGGAGAUCUUGAGAACAGCAGGUAUACCCAAGGAGACUGCAUCUACAGUACGGAGAUCUACGAACACAGCGACGACUGGAGAGCAGACCGUCUACCUCUACGUGAACACUUUCGUUUGCCGUGGUUUGGUCAAACAAGGUUCCGUAUGAAGCCAGAAGUUGUUGAAGACCUAAAAGCAGAAGCUGCAGCAGAGGAGCUCAAGAAGAAGAAGGAAGAACACUACCAAAAGAAGGAAAACUCAGCAGCACCACCAGCAGCAGAAGAGAGCAAAGAUGAAGAAAUGAGAGAAGCACAAGCAGACCAAGAAGCACCACAAGAAGUUGUUGAAGUUUUGGAGGAAAGCUUCUACCACGAAGGCGUCGAGUACACAGCGCAGAAAAGCAGUCUUAAGGAACUACAAGCACUUUGCAGAGAGUACAGAGUGAAGACAACAGGAAGCAAGAAGCAGCUCUUGAAGAGACUCGCCACAGCAGUCAGAGAAGAAAGGCUCAGCACGCAACACAAGGAACAACGGGAACACCACCAAGCAUACCACCUAGCACCACCACAGGAACCAACGGAAGAGGAGAGAGCGUACCACAACUUGACGCACCUUCCGUAUCAGCCUUGGUGUCCCCAUUGCGUUGCUAUGAAAGCACGAGAAGAUAACCACAAGAAAGGAUUGAGCAAGCCAAGCAGCUCUACGGAUUCCGCGAAGCCCGUCAUCAGUUUUGACUUUUGCUAUACAAGCACCACAGGAAGUGAAGAGCCACCAGCAGUGACUCUUGUCGCUGUGGACAGCUGGAGCAAGGCAGUCUUGGCGGAACCAAGCUCACCCAGCAAGCUACGAAAGCAAGUUAACAGAGCAGAGGAAGCAGACGGUUACCUCAACAUGCCUCAUGAUGAUGAAGUCUACGAAGCAGAUGAUGAGUUUGUGUACGAGUCAGAAGAAGAAGAAGAGGAGACAGAGAGUGAACCAACGGAAGUUUUUACCAAGGUCCCUGUCGAGUUCUUCGACGAGGAGAAAGGACCACCGAACGUGGAUCCGGCUUUUCUUCAGAAGUUGGAUGAUGAAGCUACAGUCAAAGAAAUCAAAAGGUUAACAAAGAUGGGAGUUAUUUCGUUGGUUUCUACGGAUCCUCAGGAAGCAACUGAGAACGUACCUCUGGUAGAUUCAGAGCAAGAACUUCACAAGUGGUUGACAACGAAGUUGGUGAAAGAUUGGAGGUUCAGAGAAGCUACAGGUUUUGAAGCUGAAGAAGCCAAAGAAGGAACAACAAAGCCCAAGCAGAUUCAAAGAAUUACAAAACUGGUGCCCAUGUUGGCUCUCGCUAACCAUUGGGCGAUCUGCAGUGUCGACGUGAAGGUCAACGCGACGCAUCCAGUCUUUGGUCAGACUUUUGUGAUGGUCUUUUGGUGGAAGAGAAGUUUGAGCGUUGUACGGCAGUUCCAGCACUUUACCGUCUUCUACGACAAGGUGAACUACGACGUGGACUCCUUCGACGAGGCAAAGAAAGAAGUGACAGAGAGAGCAGAGAAGUUGAAGAAAGAGGAAGAAAGCCUGGAGAAGGAGAAGGAGCAGUUCGGAAACCAGAAGACAGAGUUUGAGGAGACAGUGAAAAGGUUUUUGAAGAAGCAGAAGGAGGUCUUAAGCGAGAAGGAGACAGCCCUCGAAGAAGCUGAGGAGAACGUCAAAGCAAAGGAAGCAGAGGAAAGAACCGCCGGCUACGACCAGGAGAGAGAAGAGUACGCCAAGAAGUACGUUGACGACGCAAAGAAGGACUUGGAGAGAGAGCUUAAAGUGCUAAAGCAAGAAGAGAAAGUAAGGAACCAGAAGCUCGACGACCUCCAGUACGACUACAAGAGCCUCAAGGACGACUACCACUACUUCAAAGGUUACUCACAGGAAGUGGACGCACUUCUACUUGCAGCUAAGGACAAGAUCGUGAAGUACAAGAAGAAGGUCAAAAGCCUCAAGGAAACCUUAGGUGCAACCUUGUCUGGAAGCGAAGGUGAAGAAGAGACAGAAGAAGCGUACAAGAGCAAAGCAGAAGAAGAGAAAGAGAAGAAAGAAGCGCAGGCAAAAGAGGAAGAGAAGAAGAAAGGAAAAAGGCCAAAGCAGGUAGAGACAGAAGACCAAGAAGAGAAGCCGUCAAGCAACCAAGGAGACGAAACCACCGUCGACCCGAACGACAUCGCCGAGUUCACGCAGCUUGGCUACGUGUGGGAGUUCAACAAGAAGACGCAAGAGUACCGCGCGAAGUGCGAGGACAAGAAAGGAGCCCCAAGAAUCAAGAACGCUCCGGUGAAAGGCCGCCUCCUUUGGAACAAGGUGACGGAGUGCUACAGGAAACACAACAUUUGGUUUACAGACGGAAAGGAAUUGGAUAAAUUCCUCGAGACCAAGGAGAACGAGAAGAUCGAAGAAGAGGUGCAGCGACGCAUCCACGCGAAAGGCAAGCACGACAACCAAGGAACGAAGGGAAAAGGCCCUUCCUGGGACGACGGACAGAACGACGGUUGGUGGUACAACGAGCAGUGGAACAACGAGAACUGGAGCACCACCGACGACGGCAGCAACUGGUACGAGAACGCGAACCCGCACAACAAAGGCUACUGGCAGACGCCAGAAGAGUGGGCGCAGCAGAACCAGUGGGACCAGUGGACACCCAAAGGAAAGGGUAAAGGCAAGAAGUCCAAGAACUGGGUGCAGACCCAGUGA